CGGUGCCUUCAAUAGGUUGGGGAUCUGGGAAUACAACAGCACUGAGCUCCGACGCUGCGAACAAAAGUACCGCAUCGGUAGAGGGGGGGGGGGGGGGGAGAAAAACGCGGGGUGGGGAUGGGGAUCGGGAUCGGUCAAACGAUACUGACUGGGGCACGCACCCCAGGCCGAAAAAACGUCAGGUGCGAAAACUGGCUGGUCGGCAGCAGACUGGCGGUCGCAGGCGCGUCUGCAAAGAGCCGGCGGGCCGAGCACUAGGCACCAGGCACACACGGAGCGGGUGGGAGAGAAGAGGGCGCGGGGGAGGAGGAGGAGGAGGAGGGAGGAAGGAGGCCCGAGCCGCCGAGAACUGGCGGGGUGGGAGCCCGCGGGCUGGGUGCGACAACAUGCCGACGUGCAACUCUCAGGGAGCACCCACUGCUUGUUUUAGGUCGGGCAUGUCCCCCUAAUUACAAGCGAGGGGCACGCCCGACUUAAUGCUUGUUUCCUGUGAACGGCCGGCGCCUGCGGGCGCACAGAGCGAGGUGUCUGGCCUCGCCUCGCACUCGUGGAAUCCGGGCGUCUGCGCCCCUGCGCGGCAGGCUGCCGCAUCGCAUCCCUCUGGCAUGAGGCUACACACGGGCCCCCGGGGAGACGGGCCCUGGACCCUCGGGGCCUUCCCCCCCCGCACCCCCCCGCGGUGACUUCAACGGCGGCCGGGCCCUCACGCGGCGGGGCCAGAGGUGGGGCGCACGGCAAGCAGGUACCGCAGCCAGCCCGCGAGGGCGCUCGGCGACGCGCCCGCGGGCAUGGCCCACGAGGAGCGCGCGGGGCACGCCGGGGGCAGCAGCCCCAGCUCGGCGGGGCCGGGGCACCACAGCAUGGGCCGUCGGCGGGCAGCCCCUGCGAGACGGCGGAGAGCUCGGCGCGCAUCUGCCUCCCACAGGAGGAUCCCGCCCGACCUUGCGGCGCCCCCUCGCCGAGAGCACCAGCACGACGCCGAAGCCGUGCCCCGUGUUGGAGCCGGCCAGGCGCCGCGCCUGGCGCCCCUUCGCCGCCAGAGCCUCCGCCGAGAAGAGGUCGUCCGCAAUGGCGACCUCGGCAUGGCCUCCACCUCCGGCGGGCCGUCGUCCCCUCCGCCGCCCGCCCUCGCGCACACCCCGGCCAGCCGCGGCUGCGCCGCCGCGCGACGGUGCGCCUCGCAGAACUGCGCGCGCGUCACCGCCCGCGAGCCCUGCGGCACCGCGGCCGCCGCGGCGGCGCUGGCGUCCCCCGGGAAGCCGAGGGCCUCGAGGCCGGCCUGCAGCUCCUCGGGAGCCCGCCCCCGCCGCGUCGAGUGCGUCGAAGAGCCGGCCCACCGCGCGCCCGAGCGCCGCCUCCUCCGCCUGGGCGCCCGGCGCCUCGAAGCGGCCCAGCGCGAAGCGGGCGAGCGGCCGCAGCGCCCUGCGGGUCCCCGCAGUCCGCUCGUCCGGCUCGGCCAGCAGCGACGGCGCCGGCGCGCUGAACACCACUGCCGCCCCGCUGCGGGCGGCCGCGGAGAGCACGGCCUCCCCGUGCCUCGCCCCUGCUCAGCGUAG